AUGUCCACGCGCGGCACACGGAAACGGGCACGGACGGGCUCAGUCGCCGCGGCCUCCAACGACGGCGCGACACCGGAGCCCGGAAACGCAGCAGCUGGCUCCAGGAAGCGCGACGAAGAGUUCUGGUACGAGGAUGGGAACAUCAUCCUGGUCGCACGCGACAUCGAGUUUCGCGUCUUCAGGGGAAUUCUCGCGAAGCACUCGCCCGUGUUUAGAGACAUGUUCUCCUUGCCGCAGCCCCCCACCAUUUCCUCCACCACUUCCUCCUCAGAACAAGACACUUGCCCCGUGGUUCACCUAUCUGACUCUCCGGAAGAUCUGCGGCAUGUCCUGCGCGCUUACAUGCCUACGGGCGGUCCUAUCGCAUUUUUCCACAAAGAUCCCCCUUACUCGUACCAUGCGAUCUCGGCGGCGGUCCGGCUGGGCCACAAGUACCAGAUGUCCGACUUGCUCGACAACGCCCUUCGCUACCUCAAGAUGUACUACCCUACCGACUUUGACAAGUGGAUUGUAUUAGACGAGUACGGUCCUCCCGGGUUCGACGAACCGCGAUCGUAUGCCAUUGGCGUCGUCAACCUUGCUCGUCUCACGGGCGAAACCGGCCUGCUAUUGAUGGCCCUCCUCGUUUGCUGCACGAUCCCGGAGGCAUCGGAUCUGAUCCGUGGGUUCGAGCGCGAGGACGGCUCACGCGAGCAGCUCUCCCUGGACGACAUUGCACUGUGCGUCGAUGCAAAAAGCACUCUGGCUGAACUGUCCGUCAAGAUGAUGCUCGGGAUCUGCCGGCAGGUGGUGUCCUCUGCGUGCGAAACGAUGCAGGGCUGCUCUCACGCCUUCAAGUACGUGCUUACUGAGCUUGAAAACGAAGCAAAUAUCCUACAUUCCGACCCUUCCGUCGACAUUCUUGCCUUGGAGGCGGUGCUCGAGGACGCAGAUCUGUGCUUGCACUGCCAGGCGAUGGUAAAGGAACGCAAGAUUCGCGAGAGGAAAGCGGCCUGGGGGCAGUUGGAGGAGAUCUUUGCUAUCGACUUGCCGGUGGACAACGAAGAAGGGCAGGCCGCUGGGAACGCCGUUCACCCUUAG